AUGCCGAGGCCCAUCGCCCGAACAUGCCCCACUUCCCCGUUCAAGCUCGCCGGCCAAAGUGGAGUGUCACACCGGCCCUCCGAUGGUAGUAUCGCGCGCGAAAAAAACACGUCAGGAAAGCCAACCACGCCCGACCACAGGAAGGAGUCGAAGGAGCCCGAUGGCCGGGUGCUAGUGCAAGCUUCGUUACUCGAAGAAAAUUGCAUCGCGAAUUUAGGCAGCAGACAUGUUGCUGUGCCGCAAGGCACCACGGCACAGCAAACAAAUGGUCCGCCAGUAAUUAAAGUGGUGAAUCUUGAAGGAAGAAAUAAGAAAAUUUCGCUUGGCGUUUGCUUUGCCGCAUGGUGA